AUGAAAAGCUCUCUCAGUUCACCGGGGGCCAAUCUGUUCUUGGAAAUGUUCGAGGAGAAGGCUCUGCAGUCAGCUCUAUUUCGUUUGAGGGUUUGGCGUCGCUAUAUGAACGACACUUUUGUAAGGUGGUUGCUCGGAUAUGAGACGCUGAACGUGUUCGUUAGUGAGUUGAAUUUGCUGCACCCGAAAAUUCAAUUUACGAUUGAGAUCGAAAAGAAUAACCAACUGCCAUUCCUAGACGAUUUGUUGUUCAAGAAACCAAAUAGACUGGGACACGCUGUCAACAGGAGACCCACGCAUGCUCACAGAUAUCUAAACUCCAAUUCAAAUUAUUAUCAAGGCAGAAGAUGCCUGUUCUCAAAUCUUUCGCUCAUCAAGCUUAACGACUUUGUAAACCACUGCACCUCGGAGCUGAAAGACAAUAUCCGCUUCAGCUUCUACAAGCCAACGGUUACCCAAAAAUAG